UGUCAACAAACCAACGGAGGGAAACAAAAAUAAGGAUACGAAGCCCAGAAAUAACGCGAUUGUUGCUUCUUCUUCUCAAUUUUGAAAUCGGAAAUUCGUUGCGAAUCCAUUGCGGCUCCUUUUCGCAAUGGAGGAACCUAGCGAUAAUGCAACGAUCAAGACAUUUCGCAAUGUAUUAUUGGCGAUUGCCAAAAGAAAGAGGUCCAGAGUUGAAAACCUUUUGCCUCUGAGAGAUUUAGCCAUGGGGAAAAUCGUCAGCUACGACGUUGGAAUCGAAUCAUCAACUCUGCUGCCACACUUGUCUCCAUGUUUGAAAAUGGAAAUCCUGGAGCGGAUGCAAGCGAAGGCCAUUGAAAGGGAGAAGAAGCUCACCAUGCCUGUGGUCAAAGACUUGAUUUUCAGAAUGCUAACCAGCCUAUUGGACGCUUCGACCAAGAAGUUUGACUUUGUCGUUUUCUCCACCUACCACAAGUUGGACAAGCAGCGCGACCUGGACACGUGGGAUCUGCUCGCUAGGAAGUGUCCAAACUUGGAGCAAAUUUCAGACUCCCGAAAGCAUUCUUGGCCAAACCAAUGGCAGCCUGACCGAGUGGUGAAAGGGGUGGGCAAAUUCAAGCUUCAAGAUGUCAAGAACUUCCUUCUCCAAUUGCCCAAACUCCAGCACAUGCUCCUAGAGCAGUACGAGUGUGAUGAGGUUGACAUGGCAUGGAUUGCUGAGCACUUCCCGAAUUUGAUCACUCUCGGCGUUUCCUUCGUCAUCGUCACUCCCUUCUUGCUUGCCAACUUAUGCAAUCUGCAGAGGCUGGAAGUAGUGUUAGUUUCCUGGGAUAUGUUUGGAGAAGUGAACAGGAAAUUGAGCGAGGCAGAUCGUGCUAUGCAAAGGUACUACUGUGAGCAUUUUGGACUGGAAAGUGUCAAGAAAUUCCCUCGAUUGCGUGUCUUCUCAAUUCAUCCUGACCUCUUCAUGAGUGUGUACCCUCUCAAUGAUGAUGAUCUCUUUACCCAAGAUCCAGGACAGCCCCUUCCACUUGAGCGCAUUACGACUGGUCGAUUCUUAAACUUUGGUCACUUACCUAACUUGACACAUGUCAAGUUUGUUGGACGACUAACUGGGAACCCAGCACCCUGUACUUUGUUAACCAACUUGAGAGUUCUGGAAAUAGAAGAUGACAGUGGAAGCCUCAUCUACCAAAUUUUGUCUCUCUGUGGAAAGCAGUUGGAGGAGCUCAAACUCAUAAUAGAGGUUUAUAGAGUGGAAGACCCUAUCGACGUGUGUGACAUUUUCCUACUCUGCCCGCGCCUGCACAAGCUGGACUAUAUUUUUGGAACUCACAUCACUGAGCUAAAGCCUUUCAACAACCAACUGGACGCAAGUCACUUCCAAAACCUGAAGGAGUUUUAUUUGCACUGGAGACUCGGCUAUGCCUACGCAUCUCGAUUGAUGGCCCUCGUCCUGACAGCUCCACUUCUUGAGCGCUUCACAAUGUCAAAAAGCUUCACCAUGACGCCUGAGGUUUGCACUCAAUUGCACCGACCUUUGAUCGAGGGAGAAAUUCUUCAGCAACUCAAGAAGUUUAAGUUUGGCUCCCACCGUGAGCAGCCUGCCGAGUUGCUCACAUUCCUCCUGCUGCUGCCAGUCCAUGCUCCGCGACUUGAAAAGAUGGAGUGCUUUGGUGCUCAUCGUUCUUUCUUGAAACAGAUCCAGGAAUCGCCAAUGCAGGCACUCAACGCCAUUGAUCACUUUGAAUACACUGAUACCAGGAUCCGGCAUUACCUACGUGAUUAUGAAGAUGACAGCGAUGAUCUUGAGAUGUUAUAAUAUAAUUCUGUUGGAAAUGUGAUGUUUGAUUGAAAUGAAUGCAAGUUUUACUUUCUAUCCUGCUAAUUAAAUAUAUUUUUGAGCAUCAACUGCAAU